UGACGGUAUAGACUUCCGGUUUGGCUUGCCUUGCCAUGGCUGCGCUGGGAGCAUCCUGUCGUGUUUGGGGCUGUCGGGGCGCCUCCGUGGCUUCCUUCUUGGGCCGGGCCUCCCGGAUAAGCCGAGCCGCCUGGGGAAGGAGGGCGCUCUGCCGAGGAACCGAGGAGGAAGGAAAAAGGCCCGACAUCCCAAAGCCUCAUUUUAUGGACGAAAAAGUGCAAAAUUUGCUCUGCAAGAUGACAGGGUUGAAUCUGCAGAAAGUUUUUAAGCCAAUAAAGCAGGAACUUAAACCUCCAACAUACAAACUUUUGACAGAAUCGCAGCUGGAAGAGGCGACAGAACGGGCAACUGAGAUAGCUAAAGAAAGGCUUAAAAUGCCUCCUGUAUUGAAUGAACGGGAACCAAUUAAUGAUGUGCUAGUAGAAGACAAGAUUCUUGAUGGAAUUGAAUCCCAUAAGUAUGUUUUUACUGACAUAACAUACAGCACCCCACACCGUGAACGCUUCAUUGUAGUACGAGAAACAAAUGGUGCAUUACGCAAGGCCACGUGGGAGGAACGGGACAGGAUGAUACAGAUCUACUUCCCAAAAGAAGGACGGAAACUUACCCCUCCACCUUUAUUCAAAGAUGAAAAUCUGAUGACCAUAUUUCUGCAGGACCGACAUGAAGAACUCCUUAAUCUCUGUGUUGUACAGUUUGAGCCAGAUUCACCUGAUUAUAUCAGAAUUCACCAUCAAACAUAUGAAGAUAUUGAUAAACAUGGAAAAUAUGAUAUUCUGCGUUCAACGAGACAUUUUGGAGGGAUGGUGUGGUACCUUGUAAAUAAGAAGAGGACAGAUGGAUUAUUGAUAGACAUGCUGCAAAGAGAUUUGCUUAAUGAUGCUGUAAGCUUGGUCACCCUUUAUCAUAUAUUGCAUCCUGAUUGCCAAUCAGCAAAGGAGGCACAAGAACAAGAUAUCCAAGGAUUAGAUUUAAUUAAGGCUUAUGCAAAGACAGAAACGCAGAGAGCCGGCUACAUUGAACUUGCAUUACAAGCUUAUCAAGCAACUUUGCCUAGAUCUGCUGCUUCAUAAAAUGGUCAUUUUGGUCAUCAUUCAGUGUAUUGCAUUGGUGAGUUGUAUAAAAUUGUUUAAAUAAAAUACAUUUUGCUGUACAACGUUA